UUUAUGAAUCAGCUGUUUGCAUACCUAAAUGGCUACCGAGGUUUUUCAUCUUUAUUAGAGUGUUUUUGGUUCUUACUGGCAAAUGUAGUAUUUAUUCAGAAUUUCAUCUUACCUGCAUAUAAUCCUUCAGCUUAAAUAGCCACAAAAACAAAGAAAAUGCUGAAAUCAAGUUUUAAGAAUCUAUUUGAUAUAACAUUAACUAGUCUAACACAGUCAUCAAAAAUUCAUUUGUCCUCACGAUGUUAUGAGAUUCGAAAACUGGCUAGAUUGCGCGUAGUCGACAACAGCGAGGUUGGAAAACGUGCAAUGGCCGAAGGUAAGCCUCCUAGAUGUAUCCAUGUUUAUAACAAACGUGGGGUAGGCUUAAUUGGCGACAAAGUCCUUGUAGCUAUUAAGGGCCAAAUGAAGAAAGGAAUUCUCGUUGGCUUAAAACAAAAUCAAAAACCAAAAAUUCCUAAGUUUGAUAGCAAUAACCUGGUGCUGAUAGACGAUAAUGGAUCGCCUUUAGGGACAAGAAUACACGUUCCAAUCCCAACAAUUUUACGAACUAUUCUAAAGGAAAAGACCUUUUCCAAGGGAGCAGACUACACGAAAGUUCUGGCGAUAGCUACUCGUUAUCUUUAAAAGCUUUAGCAAAUAAAAAAUAAACUUUAUACUA